AUGUUUUACACUGGUGGACUUCCGUAUAACUUUGCAAGGAACCCAUAUUAUCGUAGUUCCUAUUCAUAUGCUGCUACCUAUACCAUUCAGGGUUAUGUUCCUCCUGGAUACAAUGCUUUGAGAACAACACUUUUGCAAAAAGAAAGAGCUCAUUUUGAAAGACUUUUGAAACCAAUUAAGGACUUUUGGCUUGAAAAUGGUGUAAGUAUAAUUUUUGAUGGAUGGUCAAAUCCACAAAGGAGGGCUCUUAUUAAUAUUAUGGCUGUAUCAAACGGGGGUCUUGUGUUUAUAAAGGCAAUUGAUGGGUCAGGUGAGUUCAAAGACAAACAUUAUAUUGCUAAGGUGUUGAAGGAUGCUAUAAAAGGGAGUGGACAUGAAAAAGUUGUCCAAGUCAUCACUGAUAAUGCUAGUGUGAUGAAGUCUGUUGGAGCUUUUAUUGAAGUUGCUGAUACUAGAUUUGCUUCAGUUGUUGUAAUGCUAAAAAGGUUGAAGUUGAUAAAAAGAUGCCUUCAAGCCAUGGCUAUUAGUGACCAAUGGGCUUCUUAUAGGGAGGAUGAUGUUGGAAAUGCUCAAAAGGUGAAAGAUAUGAUUCUAAGUGAUCUUUGGUGGGAUACUGUUGAUUAUAUCCUUGAAUUCACAACACCUAUUUAUGAUAUGCUACGAGUAGCCGACAUAGAUAAGCAUUGUCUUCAUCUUGUGUAUGAGAUGUGGGAUUCGAUGAUAGAGAAGGUGAAGGUAGCAAUAUAUCGGCAUGAAGGCUUCGAAGAUGAUGAGUAUAGCUCAUUUUGGGGUAUGGUGUAUUACUCCAUUGAAUGGCUUUUAGAGGAUCCAAAAUGCAUCUCUCCACAUCGGGAUCAUGAAAUUUCUAUGGAAAGGAGCAAGUGUUUGGAUCGAUACUUUGAAGAUGAGAAUGACUUAAGGGAGGUAAAAGUUGAGUUUGCUACAUUUUCAAGAUGGAGGUUUCCUUCACCAGAUGCCUUGACAGAUAGGUGGGCGUUACAACCUUUGGUUUGGUGGCAAUACCAUGGCUCCUCAUUUCUAACUCUUCAAACCCUUGUCCUUAAACUUCUUGGACAACCUUAUUCAUCCUCAUGUGCUAAGAGGAAUUAG